AUGGUGCCGCUAGUGCAGGUCUCUCUGCUCAUCAAGCUCCGCCGCUAUUCCUCCCUGUUCCUGGGCGUGUCCUUGGGAGCCAAGAGCUACAGCUGCCUGAAACGUCCAACAGAAGAGGAGAGGAGGAUAGCCAUCGAGGAGAAGAAGGAGCAGGAUGAACUGAAAUGGAUUGAGAGGGAAUUGGCAGAAGCCCGAGAUGACAGCAUACUGAAGUGA